AUAUACCCUGGCCAGAUCCAGGAACAGAGGAGCGGAGCGGACGCAGCCUUUUCUCUCGCGAGGAACGACGCCGUUAUCGGAAUCCCCACAAACAACACGAGAAUUCGUCAUUCACACGGCACACCGGAGCUUUGUUUCCCCAGAGUGCACCUUACAAGGCAUUCGUUCCUACUUGAGACCACUGCAGAUUAUGUAUUGUAUCUGUGAACAAUGUCUGGGCAAGAGUUGGAUGAAAUUGUUCAAAUAACAGUGGAAGAUUUUGAUCACAACAACCACUCUGACAUGCUGGGCAAUCACGAAGAUGCUGAAGAAAGAACCCAGAAGAAGAAGAGAAAAUUAAGCAACAUCAACAUCCAGGAGAACAAUAACAGCAGCCAGGACUUAACUUUAAUUAAGAAUCUUUUGGUGUCAUUUAACGAUUCGCUGUGCCAGCGACUGGAAGGAAUUGAGUCCAAGCUACAGUCGUUAGACUCUACGUGUAAAUCUCUCGCACGCAAACUAGACAGUAUGACCUCUUGCAGCAAGAGUCCUGUCCAGGUUUCGAUGGUCGCAGGGUCACCUCAGGGGGCCACUCAGACGUGGAACAAAGUCCGCUGUGUUGUCCCACAAACAAAUGUGAUCGUGAGCCGAGAAAACCCGAAGAUCUCCCCUCAGGAGGACACUCCGCUAGACAACAUGCUCAGCAACACAGUGUCCAGGAGGCGUCAGAACACAAUCCUGGUGAAGGUGCCGGGCCCUGAAGAGAGUCAGGAGGAGCAGGAUAGUGGGUCAGAGGCCAGCGACUCUGUUUCUAACAGCGGUCAGUCAAGCAGCGCGCAAAACGGCCAAAACAUCACCCUCAUCACACUCAAUUCAGAAGAUGAUUAUCCAGAAGGCACCUGGCUGGGAGACGAGAGCAACACAGAGAUGCGAGUCCGCUGCCCAAUUUCUUUGUCUGAUAUGCUCUAUAUCAGCACAAACUGCCGCACAGCGGAAAAAAUGGCGCUGACGCUGCUGGACUACCUGUUCCACCGAGAGGUCCAGGCCAUGUCCAAUCUCUCUGGGCAGGGAAAACAUGGAAAGAAGCAGCUAGACCCACUCAUGAUUUAUGGCAUUCGCUGCCACUUGUUUCACAAAUUUGGCAUUUCGGAGUCGGACUGGUAUCGCAUCAAACAAAGCAUCGACUCAAAGUGUCGCACCGCCUGGAGACGUAAGCAACGUGGCCAGAGUCUGGCAGUCAAGAGCUUCUCCAAGCGCACACCCCGCAGUUCCACUGCAGCAGAUGAAAACAUGAACGAGGAACCUGCACACAUUGAGACGGCUACCCAGCAGACUUUGCAUUACACACUGGCCAAUCAGCAGGUUCAGUUCCACCGCAUUGGUGAAGAUGGACAAGUUCAGGUGAUUCCACAGGGACAGCUGCACAUUGCCCAGGUGCCCCAAGGGGAGGAGGUGCAGAUCACACAGGACAGUGAGGGAAACCUUCAGAUUCACCAGGUGCACGUGGGUCAGGAUGGACAGGUGCUGCGUGGAGCUCAGUUGAUAGCUGUAGCAUCAGCUGAUGGCGCAGCCGCAGCGGUGGAAGGCUCAUCCCUCCCACCUGACAUCCAGGUGCAGUACGUCCAACUAGCUCCUGUUGCAGACCAUGCAUCAUCUGUUCAGGGUGCCGAGCUGCCCCCAGCCCUUCAGACUGAGAUGGAAGUAAAAGAAGCCAUCCACAGUGCCAUCCACGGAGACAAUGGCGAUGUUGUCCAGAUUGUAAGUUCUGUGGCCACUUGAGAGCCCGGUUGAUGUAAUACAGACGUGAACUCUGCCACGCAAGAUGCCCCGAUGGGUCUCAGCGAAGCAGUCUUGUCAAGCAAACAUGCUAGAAAGUUUCUUAAGGUCACCGAUGGAAUGGAGGGAAGAAGCGUUCUUUUCUGUUUUUCUUUGCUGACUGCUCAACUCAAGAAACACCCUCCUAAAAAAGUAAACUAUACUUCAAAAUAAACUUAUUCUUCUGGCGCCUUUGUCACCAGAGGAGCUGGACUCGUAAGUAACCAGAAGACAAAACUGCUCAUUAAAAAGCUCACAUUCAAUUGUUUACAACAGCUUUGGAGAUAUGGAUGACAUUUGGAUGGACGCUCUUUUGCCGACUCUGAAACCCAAGUAAAGGUCUGCAAACCCCCCAAAUCCCCCCUCAGAUAACCAGUUCUGUCCUUUUUCUCAUCAUCUCCACGGUGCACAGCAGUGGGAAGUGGAUUCAGAUAAGGACAUCUGCUCUUGUUUGUUUUAAAUGAAAAAAGCUUGUCAUGCAUCAGAAUUCAAUCCAUACAUGUCUCUGCUUUGUUACUUUUUUGUUGUUAAGAUUUCUUGAAUAUAUUUCUCCAACCCUCACUUUUUUAUUUAUGUAACUGUAACAUUAGGAACAUUUUGGAAAGCUUUAAUUUUGAAUUAACCCAUAAAUGGAAGGGAUGGUUGGUGCCAGUGGUCGACGGUGGUAUAAGAGGCAUGUAGACUGCCGGGGAAACCCGGUUUGCGUCCGUAUGUCAGAUUCAUUUUUUGUGAAUAAAACAUGUUUGUGGUUCCCAUAAAAGUACUUUUAUUUUGGA